UGUUCUUAUUUACUACCUGCACCUGUGAAGAGGUUGAGAAGCAGACCUGCUCUGUGAUUUAAUUUCAACACUGUACUGACAUUACCUGGACAUAAUGUUUGCACAAGAAAAGGUCAAUUUAAUAUUUAGAAAUUCUUGGAAAACACCACAAUUGGCAUGAAAAAACACUGGGGACCUCUGAGGACUUGUGAAGAAAGGAUGGGGACUGCGUGGGGAGAAGAGUCUAGAUAACUGCAUUUGCUAAAACCAUCAGCGCAACUGAACAUCUGAUCUGAAGUCCAUGGCUCGCUCCAGAUGCAAUGGAAAGAUCCUAUGCCUGUGUCUCUUGCCUUGUGUGAUGGUAAGUCACCUCAUCAUGGUGUCCAUUUUUGUAGCCAUCUCCUACUCCCCUCCUCUACCGCAGCUGCCCCUCCAUUUCAUUGCUACUGGAGCCUCCACAAACUCUGGAGCUCUUGCCUCCCAUCCAGUGCGGCCCUUCUGGAAUCUCAGACUAGAAGACGGGGCACUGUGGAACCACCUCCAGCACAUUUGGGAUAGAGAACACAACCCCAUAUUGAGAGUUAAUGGCACGAGUUCCAAAGGCCCAAGCCUUGAUGCAAUACAUCUGCAAGAGACGGGAAAAACUGGUGCCUGUGAACAAGACGAAACUUGGGCGUCUCACCUGCCUGACUUUAGCACCCUUCCUGGUCAAAUGAAAGAUUUUGUCCUGUCAAUGCAGUGCAGGCAUUACGCUAUCCUCAUGGACCAACCCAACCUGUGUGCCGGGCAGGAUCCUAAAACGCCGUUCCUUCUGAUGGCAAUCAAAUCACAAGUCGGAAACUUUGAGAACAGGCAGGCCAUACGAGAGACAUGGGGCAGGAGCGGUCGAAUCCGAGGGGGCGGUGGAGGCAGAAGCUGGUUCGUACGCACCGUCUUCUUGCUUGCGAGACAGGACACAGAGGCAGGGCCUCAUCCAGACCUAAGCGCCUUAUUGAAGUUGGAGAUCAGCACCCAUAGGGACAUCCUCAUGUGGGACUUCAAAGACACUUUCUUCAACCUCACCCUAAAGGAUGUCCUUUUCUGGGACUGGCUUUCAAAGCACUGUUCUGAUGCCCACUUCAUUUUCAAGGGAGAUGAUGAUGUGUUUAUUAGGACUAAGGCUCUGCUGGACUACUUAAACAAUGCUGGAGUGCAAACGACGCAUGGAAAUAAAACUAAAGAAUGGGACAAUUUUGUUGUGGGGGAUGUUAUUGCCAAUGCUAGGCCCAAUCGGCAACCUGAUACUAAAUAUUACAUACCCGAAAGCUUCUAUAAAGGAACGUAUCCGGUCUACGCAGGAGGUGGAGGGGUGCUUUACACUGGUGCUUUGGCUUCACGUCUACGGGAGGUCUCUCGUUGGGUCAGCUUGUUUCCUAUUGAUGAUGUUUACUUAGGAAUGUGCCUUCACAGGCUCGGGGUGUCCCCCACUCAUCAUCCCGGGUUUCUUACCUUUGACCUUCCAGAGGACCUGCGGGAGAAGUCGUGUGCAUAUCAUAAUGUUCUCCUAGUCCAUAAACGCACUCCAAAAGAAAUGUUAACCCUGUGGAAGGAGCUACAGGUUCCUCCUCAGGAGUGCUAGUGUACACUUGUUCAUGAACUCAAAGUAAGGUAAAUGAUGCCUCAGGGACCCAGACUGAAAGUUAUUUUCAUUUUUAACCACAAGGUAUUUCACCAGUUGGGCAUAUUCAUUUGCAUAAAAGGCCUUAAUUUUUUUCUGUGAUGUUGGGCUGUGCUCAGGGUUAUGUGUGCAGUGGUUAUUAUAAGAGAAUACAACCUGGUUGACUUGAUAAGGUUCUUAAUAUAAUGGUUCUUGUUCUAUGGGAAUGAGCAUGUGAAAGAAUAUCUAGUGGACAACUGUAGAGUCUCAUGAUGUUGUUGUUUUAAGUUUGUGGCCCAAAUAACAGGUAUCUCAUAAUAGAGUGAAUAAAAAAUUUGCCACCAACAUAAUUCAGCCUUGUAUUAAUAAGCUUCUGGUUCAAAAAACAAAAGCUUUACUAUUCUAUUCUAAGCGUCUGAGAGAGUUUGUAGAACUUCCUGUUAUUGGACACAAUAUUUUUACACUUGGAAUGUACAUGCAUUUUCUGCUCUGUGUCAUUGUC